GGACUACGGUGGAGUGGCGGCUCCCGGGGCGGUCAGUCCCCAGUUGCAGGCUGCAGUGGGUCUGUCGGUGAAGAGCUGCAGCAUGAAGGAUCCGAUUGGGUUCUUGCGACGGCAGCAGGAAGCUGAUACUGGGGAUGCGGCCGAACGGUGGCAGAGGAUGGAGACCUUCUACAAUAGGAGGCUCUGGCAUCAACUCACAGUGGAACUGCUGGAAUUCACACUGAUUCCUUGCUUUCCAUCUGGGGACAAUCUGUUACAGUUGUAUGAAAACUUCAUAAGUGACUUUGAGCACAGAAUAAACCCAUUAUCCCUGGUGGAAAUUAUUCUACGUGUGGUUCGACAAAUGAAUGAUGCUCAAAUGGCACUGUCUCUAUUGGAAAAAACAUGGGAGAAGGUAAAGGAUAACGAUGAAGCUCUAAUUCUCUGCAGGACUGCCAUCGCUGCUAUUAAAAUCAAAAUUGGGGACCUCCAGGAAACCAAGAAAAUCAUUGAAGAAGUUGACGAGAUGUUGGAGAAGUUGCCUGGAGUGACGUCUGUGCAUGGUCGGUUUUACGACACUUCCAGCAGUUACUAUCAGCUGGUGGGCGACCACGCUGCUUACUACAGGGAGGCUCUGCGAUAUCUCGGCUGUACCGAACUCUCUGACUUGUCAAUGGGCUCACAGCAGCAGAGAGCAUUUACCCUGGGCCUGGCUGCACUACUGGGCGAUGGGAUUUACAACUUUGGUGAACUGCUAAUGCACCCAAUCUUGGAGUCGUUGCGUAAUACGGAGAACCAGUGGCUGAUUGAUACUCUAUACGCUUUCAACAGUGGGAAUGUGGAGACCUUCUUCUCUUUGAAAACCAACUGGGGAUCACAGUCAGAUCUUGCCAAUAAUGAACAGCGACUGAAGGAGAAGCUCCAGCUGCUCUGCCUAAUGGAGAUGGUGUUUACAAGACCAGCCAAUCAUCGGCAGAUGACAUUCCAGGAAAUAUCGCAUCAGGCCAAGGUGCCUGUUGAUGAGGUUGAAAUGUUGGUUAUGAAAGCGCUCUCUGCUGGCUUGGUGAAAGGCAGUAUUGACGAGGUGGACCACAAGGUUCACAUGACCUGGGUUCAGCCACGAGUCAUGGAUCUGCAGCAGGUGUCUUUUAUGAAGCAACGCCUAGAAGCCUGGUGUGCUGAUGUGAAGAAUAUCUCCAUUCUGGUUGAAGACCAUGCACAUGAGGUUCUUGGCUGAAUCCCCAUUCCAGUUGCAUGUAAUUUUUGUUUAUUCAUGCAAUGUUUAAAAAAAAAGCAUUCAAAUGUUUUGUGUUUGCUGCCAAAGCAACUAGUUAAGUUGUGUUAUUUCCUUGUGAAAUUUAAAUAAACAUACAGUUCUAUCUGUGUACACAGG